CCAGCCCCUUUUAAUCGUGUCUCCUCAUUGCCUACGGAGUACGGAAUCCACGUUUAUGCCGGGGUAGGCAACCUUCUCCAACUACAUAGCCAUGUCCAAUAUGAUUUCCUCGACUUUUGCCCCCAGUCUUUCGCGCCGGGACACCAAAUCCAGCAUCAGUCAUGAUCCAUCGGUGGGGUCCAUGCCACCCCCGUUAACGAGCGGUAGCGGAUCACUUGGGCCUCAAAGCGCAGCAGCAAUCUAUCAGCACAUCCACGAUAUGGCUGCUAAGCGGAUCUCUACACUGGGUUAUCUGCGGAAAGCGCACGAAGGCCGCAUCUAUUGGUUCAAUACAGUUCACUUUUCCCGGACCGAUAUCAGUCGACUGCCAUACUUUGAGCCCCGUAAACUCGCCCGUCGCGCCAUCAAUUACCUUCUUUUGGGCCUCUCCCUGCCUCCGAUUCUCGAUGUCAGCACGACACCCGUGGAAUUCCUUCGCGCACUCAGCACCCUCUUAAUUGAGUUCGAGGCUUUUCAGCAAGUGCAUCCUCCCGACGGCACCUCCUCCUCCACCCUCACUCGCGCCCGUAUCCCUCAGAUGUUCAAGCGCGCCGCUCACGCCGGCACGAAAGCGCGCCGCACCAGCUCGGCUACAGAAAUCGGCCUACCGAUACAAUCCAGUGACCCGUCAGAUUUGAAGUCAAUGGCGAGUAACUCAGCCAGCGCGGCGGCAGCGACCGUCUCGUUUCCGCAUACGGAGGCCUCGGAGCUCCUCCCCGGUGAGGAAUACACAUAUCUUCUGACGCCAUUAUUGCCAUUUGAACCGGACUAUUUCGAAACAUUCGUUACCUUGUGUGAUAUUCUCAUUGACUGUUACACGCGAUUGGUGUCGCUAGUCUUCACACCUUCAGUAUGUACUGUCGCACUGGGGGAAAUGUUUUCCAAGGCGGAUGCCAAGAUAAGGAAGAUUAUGGUGGCGGGGAUCAUACGCGAAUUUGAGGAUGCCAGCCGUCACCAGGCCAAGAGCGAACUCAACAGCGUUGGUCGCGUGGUUUUGGGCGGGUUGAUGGGCUGAUCUGAAACGGUGACAUGGGUUGUCAGGAUUCCACUCUCAAUUUCAUUGCCUCCGCUGGUGACGAACCGAAAUGCGGGCGCUGGCAGCUCCCUAACCUAUAGCUACUCAAGGCCAAUGAGAGGCAAGUGAUUGAGUCAACUCAACAUCCAGCAAGCGCUAUCCCAGUCAAUACGUACACCACCAAUGUCGCUACCACAGUGCGCCUCAGUAAGGCGAAUCGGCGAUACUUGACUCAAACUCUCGUCCCAUAUAUACAACACGGCAUGCGACAAUUACCAAGGAACCUGAUAUCGUUCUAUUGAUUCCUUGUCUGAGUUUGCCCGUUGA